CAAGUGCUUUGCCAAAGCACAUCGAUUGGCUGAGCAGCUGGAUAAAGGCACACGCUCAGUUGUACGGACGCGACCAUUUGGAGGCAUCAAAGACAUUUCAAGCGAUCAACGAUAACACAAAGUUUCACCAAAACUAUUAUCUACUUGCAUUGAUAGGCAAAACCCUCUAUUACUAUGGGCGAUACAUUCAGGCGCAACAGUAUCUGGAGACUGCCGUUAUGGUUAACCCUCACAGCACGGAAGCCAUCAUGCCUCUAGCCGUGGUCUAUGAAUACAAUCAAAAAUUUUCUCAGUUGGAUAAACUAUCUACUCACAUAAGCAACAUAAAAGAACUUAAUUCCGAUCAUUGGUUUGUUGUUGCUGAGAAUUGCUAUGCCGCAGGUCAAAUUGAGAAAGCAAUUUCAUUUGCAAAGAAAGCAAUAGAGUUAAAUGAGCGCAACGUUGAGGCACAAUUGCUACGAGGACGUAUAUGUCUACAGCUAAAACAGCGGCAGGAAGCGAUUUCGUAUUUUCGCGCUGCUCAAUGUAUAGCCGGUUAUCGAUUUGAAGUCUAUAAGGGUCUCUAUCAUUGCUAUGUAGGCAUGAAGCGUCGAGACGAGGCACAGGCUAUGUGUGCUUUAGCUGUACGUUAUUUCCGCAAUUCGCCUCGUAGUUAUGUGAUGUUUGCACGCGUGUUACUACACUCUAAUAACCCGCUUGCCAAGAAAAGCGCUAAAAAAUUCCUAGCUAAAGCGCUGGAAAUCGAUGAGCAUUAUUCGGUGGCUGUGGCGCUUAUGGCAGACGUAUGUCAGGCAAAUGGGGAGACGCAAGAAGCUAGCGCUAUGCUUAAAAAGCAAGUAAUGACCUUUCCUAAUCACUCAUACUUCAGCAUGUUGGGUGAUUUGCGCCGUACCCUAAGAGAUUUGGAUGGCGCACUUGAAUAUUAUACGAUUGCUUUGAGCAUUGAGCCUAACGACCGCCGCGCUUUGAAAGGUGUCAAUGCAUUGACUCGCGGGGGUGACAAACAGGAUCAAGACACUUCGUUAAUGCUGUCUCGCAUGCGCGAUGAAGAAUGGCAAAUUGAUGAUGAAGCAGAAGAAUCGUCCUCGCAUGACGAUGAUGAUUCAGAUACGUAUUCCGAUCCUUUCUGGCAAGAUUUGGAAUCUGAAGUGAUCAAUUAAAGUUUUAAGGAGCGAGGUUUGUAGUUACCUUUUUUUUCAUUAUGCUAAAGUAGUUAGUAGUUAUAAGCUCUGGGAGGCCUAAGGCGGAAAAACCCAUUCGUAUUAAAUACCUUGGUAAUUUAAACACAAAAUCUUUAA